AUGACUGAAGCUUCGGCCUGUUGGGCACCUACCUCAUCUGGAGGCAGGAAGCAGUUUGCCUCCUGGUCCAGCUUCCAUCCUGCUCAUACAUACUGCCACCUCCUCCCUGUUUCUCUCGUUACAAAUGUUACAACACAAUCAGAAAUUUCCUCUUUUCUUUCCUUCCUGCAUUUCCAGCAGGUUCCCUUGCGUCAGAAGCAGAGAAAGAAAACUAAAGGUUUUUUCACCAUGAGUCGGAGGAGGAUAUCAUGUAAAGACCUGGGGCACGCUGACUGCCAAGGGUGGCUAUGUAAGAAAAAGGAAAGAGGAACUUUCCUAGGCAACAAAUGGAAAAAGUUCUGGGUGGUCCUGAAGGGAUCAUCUCUGUACUGGUACAGCAAUCAAAUGUCAGAGAAAGCUGAUGGAUUUAUCAACCUGCCUGAUUUCACUGUAGAGAGAGCGUCUGAAUGCAAGAAAAAGCAUGCUUUUAAGAUCAGCCAUCCACAGAUCAAGACCUUUUAUUUUGCAGCUGAGAAUGUGCAGGAAAUGAACCUGUGGUUAAACAAAUUUGAAUCAGCUAUAAUCCAUCUUGAAUCCACUACAAAGGAUGAAGAAUGCUACAGUGAGAGUGAACAGGAAGAUCCCGAAAUAGCUGUCGAGACACGACCCCCUCAUUACUCUGCGGAGACUCUCUCUCCUUUGGCUGCCCAGCAGGCAUCUUCAUCUUCACCCAAAUUGAAUGAAAUAUCACGUUCUUUCUCUUCCAUGGAAAACAUAAAAAAGACACCCAGCAGUUUGUCUUCCCCCAUAUCUAGAGAAGGACGGUCCUGGAUGGAUGUGGUUGACAGCUUGUCUGCCGCUGAAGACGUGGGACAGUCUGUGACAUGCGCUGUGCAGGCCCGCUCACCUGCACCCUCGGAGGCAAAUGGUCGCAGGGCCCUGGAAACCAGCUUCGCCACAUCAGAAAGUGGAAUUUUGAACUCUUUAUCCAGUGAUGACGCUUCUUCAUUGAGUAGCAACCUAGAUCAUCUUUGUGUCCCAGACAAGCCGGCUGGAUCAGAGAUGACGGAUAGAGAAGAGACAAAAGUGUCUGAAGAUGAUGAAAUGGAGAAGCUCUACAAAUCGUUAGAGCAAGCUAGUCUAUCUCCUCUUGGGGACCGGCGACCUUCAACCAAAAAGGAGUUGAGAAAGUCCUUUGUCAAGCGGUGCAAAAAUCCAUCCAUAAAUGAGAAGCUCCACAAAAUCCGAACUUUGAAUAGCACAUUAAAGUGUAAAGAACAUGACCUGGCCAUGAUUAACCAGCUGCUGGAUGAUCCGAAGCUGACAGCCAGAAAAUACAGGGAGUGGAAGGUCGUGAACACCCUGCUCAUCCAGGAUAUCUACCAGCAGCAUCAGCAGCAGAGGACCCCUAUGUCUACCCCCGAAGGCUCCCUCCAGGGACUCAAGAAACCACCUUCCUCUGCCUGCAUUGAAAAUUCGAUUUGA